GUGAUCCGGAAAACGUGCUCUUUAAUUCUUGGUCUGGCAUUGAGCAUAGCUGCUCGGGACGAAGCUGCCACUAUCAUCAUCACCGUCAUCAUCCUCAAGUCCUCCUCCUCCUUCUUUGCGGUGCUUUACACCCCGGCGGAGCCUCACCAUGUCCGAUGAAGCCUUCGUGACGCUGGCCACCAACGACGGCUACGCCAAGGGGGCCAUGGUCCUGGGCUGCUCGUUACGAGACCACCAUGCCACCAGGAAUCUCGUCGCCCUCAUCGGACCUCAUGUUACGGAGUCCUGCAGGCAGGCGCUGCGCUCCAUCUUUGACGAGGUGCGGCUGGUGGACGUCAUGGACUCCGGCGACGCUGCCCACUUGGCCCUGAUGCAGCGUCCCGACUUGGGUGUGACCUUCACCAAGCUGCACUGCUGGACACUGACUCACUACGACAAGUGUGUGUUCAUGGACGCCGACACCAUGGCACUCUCCAACAUCGACGAGCUCUUUGAGCGGGAGGAACUUUCGGCUGCGCCAGAUCCUGGUUGGCCAGACUGCUUCAACUCAGGGGUGUUUGUUUUCCGGCCGUCUAUCGAGACGCACGAGAAGCUGCUGACUUUCUGCGCUGACAACGGAAGCUUCGACGGAGGCGAUCAGGGCGUCCUCAACAGUUUCUUCAACACGUGGGCAACAGCCGACAUAUCCAAGCACCUCCCCUUUGUCUACAACCUCAGCAGCAUCGCCAUCUACUCUUAUCUGCCUGCUUUUAAACACUACGGCCGUGACGCCAAGGUGGUCCACUUCCUGGGCAAGACCAAACCGUGGUGCUACGCCUACGACGCCCAGAGUGGUGAGGUGGCUGGCCGCCCCGAGGGCCCCGACAGCGGCCGGCUGCACCCUGACUAUCUGCAGUCUUGGUGGCGACUGUUUGCCACGUCGGUGAUGCCUCUGCUGCAGCGGGCCUAUGGUGACGCCCCCUUCGACAGUGGCGUCAUGCAAUUGGGCAAUGAUGAUAAGCUUCACCAGUACGAGUGUGGCGAUCAGACCGCAGCCGUCACGUCCACUGCCGCCUCGGCCGGUGUCACCACCCCCCCGCCCAUCUCCUCAGAGGAGCGAAAGCAGCGCUGGGAGGCGGGCCAGAUCGACUAUUUGGGCGACGACUCCUUUGCCAACAUUGAGCGCAAGCUGGAUUCCUUCCUCAAGUAGGAAGUAGGGCUGUGACUGACAGAGGAGAGCACGGGGACCUGUAAAGAAAUGGACCCCUUCACCCCUGGCCCCCCCGCCACCAGCCAAUCACAGAAGAGUAAUUUAGAAGAUUGGCAUCUUCCAGCCUCACUAAUUGCACCUUCUCUCUCUGUGUGUGUGUGUGUGUGUGUGAGUGACAGUAUGUGAGAGAGCGCAUUUCUUAAAAUGGAAAAAUAAACAUUGUGGGUGGUUUAUCCUCGAUGAGCUUGAUUAGUUGAUUAACACUUAAAUCUCCAUUAAAUUAGCUACUUGGCAUCAACAGUGCAUCCCAGGGAUGGGAGCAACUCAUGAUAAUGCCAUCAUACUUUACCAAUAAUAUGACAUUUGUGAUUAUUCUGGACAGAACAAUCCACAGUAUCUCACUCUGUACCCCAAGAACAUGGUUAGUAGCAUUAGUGACUUCGCAUCAACACUGCAUACCAGAGAUGGGAAACGGCAGAGUAACUCAAGAGAAUGUCGCUAUCGUGCUGACCAUCGUGAUUUUGUGAUAUUUUAGCUGAAAACAAUCCGUCAGUUACUGAAAAACAAGAUUCACUUUCAAUUAGCGUUAGCAACUUGGCAACGACACAUGAUACUUUAAAAAAAAAAAAAACAACAACAACCAGGUAGCUGACCACUGUUGACCCUUGAUGAAAUUAGCAUUAGCGACUUGGCAUUAACACUGAUAAAGAGGGUAUGGAAAUGGCAGAGUAAUUAAAGCUAUCUUUCUUGUGUUAACCCUCACUGCACACUGGGAAAUUUAGUCGUGAUAAUGUCACAAUGUCGUUCCAAUAAUACGGCAAGUAUGAUUUUGUACAAAAACUAUCUACAAUGUGUCACCACGUCUCUGAAGAACACUAACACUUGAUGAAAUUAGCAUUAGUGACUUAGCAUCAACGUUGGAUAUCGCUAACUAUUGCUAUCGAUAUUUGACACUUGUGAACUGCUGCUGUCAUUUUUCUAUUUUUUUUAUUCUUAUGCCAUGUCAAAAUGGAUAUUUUGUCCAACCUAUAAAGGAUACAGUUGGGCAAACUUUAAAUAUGAUAGCACUUAAGCACCGGAGCGUUCGAUACCAGAUGGUAGGAGAAAAUGAUGCAUUUUCCCGCACUUACAGAGUGAUCGACAGGAAUGAAAGUAAUAUAUCAAUAUGUGAUGCCUCUGUAUUGAAGAAAAUGCUAUGGUAACACUUUUGUCCGAUGUUUCCCAACAGUUGGGCAAGUAAAACAAAUACAUAUAUACUUGAACAACUACAACCCCAUUCCAAUGAAGUUGGGACAUUGUGUUAAACAGAAGAGAAAAAAAACAGAAUACAAUGAUUUGCAAAUCAUGUUCGACCUACAUAUAAAUGAAUACACUACAAAGACAAGAUUCAAACUGAUCAACUUUGUUUUUCGGAAAUAAUCAUUCACUUAGAAUUUGAUGGCUGCAACACGUUCCAAAAAAGCUGGGACAGGGUCAUGUUCACCACUGUGUGACAUCACCUUUCUUUUAACAGCAUUCAAUAAACGUUUGGGAACUGAGGACACUAAUUGUUGAAGCUUUGCAGGCGGAAUUCUUUCCCAUUCCUGCUCGAUGUACAGCUUGAGCUGUCCGACAGUCCGGGGUCUCCGUUGUCGUCUUUUACACUUCAGAAUGCGUCACACAUUUUCAAUGGGAGACGGGCCUGGACUGCAGGCAGUGUUAUUUUCUUCUGUGAUGAAAAGUACAUGUUUGCAAAUGUCUUAUUUUGAUUAAACAGAUAAUCUGCCUACUUUCAUCAGAGGACUACAGGAAUCUGAGAAUAUUUAGUGUUGAGAGGCUGAAAUUCUGAGGAUUUGGACAAUUUCAAGUUAAACAAGGUCCCUAAACAUUAUCAAAAUAGUUGAUUCAGUUGAUAAUUGAUUAAUUGUUGUACCUCUAGUUUGAAUGAAUUGGCCUUUUAUACAGUGGGGUUGG